UUUAGCUGAUGUGAACUAUUAUUCCUUAUGAUGUGGAUUCAUCUCUGAAAAAAAAUGGAUUCAAUGGCAGUUGUACAGAAAGGGGAAAACAUGAAGGAGAGAAAAGGACUCAUGGUAGAUGUUUAUGAUGGACGAAGUUGGCCUGUGGUUCAGUGUGGAAGCAUCCUUGUGUCCCCUGGUGAACACACUAAUAAAGUCAAAACCAGCAUUCUACUUGCGCCUACAACGCCAGACAAACGAAACAAGAAGACGUCCAAGCAUGCACUGACCAUCGCCUCCAGUUUUGGACAUGUUCAUUCCUUCUUAAGAGAUGAUGAUGUUGUUCUGAAUGAACUUGAGAGAAAAGACGCCAACAAUAAAUGUUUGAUGCUGAUCAAGAAACCAAAGUCAGGUGCUAAACAGAUGCUGAAGUCACAGAGCUGGGCUAAUCUGAGCGUGUCCGACUCCAACCUGUAUAAGCAGUUGGACGGAGCAUACCAUGGCGAUGGCCGCCGACAUGCAAAGUAUAGGAUGAGGAGAAAACAGUCAGAUCUCCAACAAAUACCAUCAGACCAGAUCGAAAAUCUGACCAACGGUGUAGCUGACCACUCCAACAAUAACGUGCCAACAAAUACCUCAGACAAGGAGAACCAUUGGAGGGACGACGACUGGAGGUCAGAGGUCAUGUCAGAAAGAUCUUACCAAUCCAGUACUCUGUCUCAUUCACAGUCACAGUACAGACAGAGGGAUAGCCAAUCAAAUUUCAGGACACAAAACUAUGGUGCAAGAGAGAUCAAUAACAAUAAGAAAUUGUCUAAUGGAAAUCGCAUGUAUAGUAGCCAUAAUGAUAUUUAUUCUCAUUCAAAACCAUCACGGAUGUUUGAAAAAGAUACAAAUGAAAAUUGUGCAUUAAAAAGUGAUGAGUUGUAUAAGCCUGUUCGUAGGGAGGCUGACAUUAAGGAGGAAGAGCCUUUGUCAGACCAAGUAUCAAGGUCACAUAGUCUAGGUGACUUGACCACAGGAUUGACACUUUCUCUUGUUGGUCAGAGAAAAUAUGAGAGUUCUCAGCACGUAGCAGGUGAAAAACUGUCAUACACACUGCCUAAAGACAUGACCCAAUCACCAAAGGAUAUUAAAAGUAAAUUACUUACUGCUAAAACAGAAAUGAAGAAAGGCUCUAGAGAAAGUACAACAAAUAACAAAGUGUCUGAGGUUGAUAAAAGUGAAGUUAAUGGAAAUAAUCCUGUGGCUCCUCCAAAGCCACGUCGUUCACUUCCUGUGGUGCCGAGCGGAAGCGACGUGUCUGAGAAAAAGAAGCACUAUACAGAAAUGGUGAGACAGCGCAUCAAUGUACACAGUAGUAUGAGUGGGUCUUCAUCGCGUCAGUCUGUUAAUACACCGCAGUCCACCAGUGACCAAUCGAAACGGGUCAGUGGCACACCAUCGGACCGUGAAGUGUCUGAUCUUUUAGAUUCACAAUCAACAGAUACCUCGUCAAAGUCAUCACAGAAUAAAGAAAUUCAAAAUGUCAAAUUGGAGAAUAUAUUAGAGCACAGAGCCUCGGCUCCAGUUGACAAGUCAAACAAUCAAAAUUUAGACACGUCAGACUAUGAGGGUGGGAAUUAUGCCACAAUGCCGUCGACUGUGAGAGGAGAAUCAGGGGUGACAACUGUCACUUCCGUCAGUAGUACAGCAGAUUCAGGAUAUUCUACUAACGAUCCGGAGAAUGAUGUGUAUUCCUCGUCUUCUUAUUCAAAAAGUCUACAAAAGUUUGCCCAGAGUUUGUACACUAAUGGUAAGGGGUAUGGGGGAAGUCAUCGGCGUGACUCCACCAGUCACAGAGACACUGUUGACUUUAAUUCUCCCUUCAGUCCUCCUAAUGCCACUAGCAGUCCUACCAAAGUUAAUGCUCCCUCCUUUGUGAACAAUAGUGAUAGUAAAUUAAGCACAAAAAACGUGGAACCAAACAGAAGACAUUCUUCAGUGAUGAGAUCAGUUUCCAAUAGUGACAUAGACCCUGGAGUGAGGCCAGUGUCUUUUGGUGCAGGCAGUCCUCCAGCUGCCAUAGGUAACUUGUCAGUGUAUAAUGCUGUUCCUGUGAAUAGGGCACCCAGGACAGAUAACACAUACAACCAGACAACAAGGGGACGCAACUCUGUUUCAUCACCACCAAGGGGACAUAAAUCAGUUGUGUCUCCGCAUAGCAGGCAAGGAGUUCAAAGUAACAGACAAAAUUUUGUUGUGUCACCGAAUAAUCAUCAUGUGUCACCUGCUCAGAGGGGACAUAACUCUGUGAGUUCACCAAUAAAUCGACAUGUGUCACCUGUGCAAAGGGGACAUAACUCUGUAAGUUCACCAACCAAUCGACAUAUUUCACCUGCACAAAGAGGCCAUAAUUCUGUCAGUUCACCUACCAAUCGUCAUGUUGCACAAAUUCAAAAAGGACCCAAUUCUGUGAAUUCUCCGGUUAAUCGUCGCAUUUCACCUGCACAGAAAGUGUACAAUUCAAUGACAUCACCUCCUGAUCGGUCCAAACCUGUCACCAACUGGAACAAUGUAACAAGUUCAGUGGGUAACAAACCAGUGCCUCCUACCUCUAACAAUAUUGGUUCUUAUCAAGGACAUUUUAAAACCAUUCAGAACAACAUUGAGUGUCAAAAUCGUCCCAGUCAGCAGGGUGGUAACCCGUUCACCAGGAACAGGGAGCCCUCAACUGGCCAGGGAAAGGACACAGAAUCAGACUUUAGGUCAAGGUCACCCAGGUUAGACCGACCAAGGUCACCUAGGUCAGAAAGACCAAGGUCACCAAGAUCUGAUCAUAGAUCCAAUAUGUCCCCGAGAGGAGAACCGCCUAGGAUUUUGGAUUACCCUGUAAAUGCUCUGACAUUAAACUUGAAGCACACUCGUACGCAGCAUCAUAAUGCCUCAACUGGCCAGCCAGGUCACUCCAGUGUGACUCGACCCAUGAAAACAAAUGGUCCUCACCCAGGCACACCACAAUAUGGUACAUUGCCCGGAAACUUUAAGUUCAAUACAAGAAUGGAUGAAGACUGUAAUAAAAAUAGCAAUACACCCUGUCUUUUCCAGAUCCUCUUGUCACAUGAUUUGGCAUCUGUUCGUUUUACAAUUGAGGACAAAUCAAUUUUGCUUAAUAAUUUGAGAUUAUGUGAGUGCUCUGUUGCUCUACCGGUGCUACGUAAACUGCCAAAGAAAGACAGCUCUGUUCCUAUUUCACCUCAAGGAAAGUAUGCACAGCUGGGCGGACCUGGCAGUGCAUUUAAACCUGUAAAAAUUCCUACCAAUAUUGUUUCUUUCACCAUGGUAACUAUAGCUGAUGUAUCUAGGCAACUCAGCCAGUACUGUGAUGUAGGAGAGCUCUGCAAAGGGGACAUAAUCAUUGAGGUAAAUGAGAGCCUUGUGAUGUCAGAAUCUGUGUCAGGUAUAAAGGCCCGGAUACAGGAGGGACCAGAGGAGUUUGUGUUCACUGUUGCUAGGGCGAGGUCCUCUACACCUACCCCAGUAACCAAGAAUCCAAAAGAAUCUCAGCCGGAGGUGGACAAUCUGAAGAAACAGUUGGAGUCAAUGAAGCAAGAACUGAAAAGAAAGGAGCGUGCAAUAAGAGAACUCAAUGCCAUGUUACCAUGGAAACCGGAGAACGAGACAGUCAACGGAACGGCAACCAAAGAAGUCAAUGGCAACAGUUAUGCUAGUGAUUCGUUAGUCAGUGGACUUAGUGAGGACGAAUUCAUUGUGUAAAAUAAGGAGUUUUGUUUAAUUUGUAAACAAACAGUCUUGCCCAUUGAAUAUCAUUGAUAUUUUACAAUAUACAUAUGUAAGCAAUUUCAAGUUCAUCUCUUUGAAAUAUAGAACAAUGACUUGUGUAUUAGCAAUAUUAAUGUCUGCAAAUAUUCAGAUCUGAUUUUCCUGAAAAUAUAAUGAAUUAUUACUUAUUUACUGUAUGUGGUGAAAGUUUGCCACAGUUUUGUUUGUCAAUACUGAAUAGAAUGAAAAUACAAGGUUUCUAAGUUUGAUGCUAAAGCUGAAAUAUAUAAUUUCUUGUAAAUUAGAGACAACUGAGCAUAAUGAUCUUAUACAAGACAAAAUCCUGACUUAGGGGAAAGAAACGGCUUUUUUUUAUAAAUGGUAUUGUAUCAAUAAGACCACACCACAAUUAUUGCAGUAGAACACAACUUAUAAAGCAUUUUCUUGUAAUUAACCAUCCUUCUACUUUGGGUCAGAGAUUAUUUGUUGGCCCAAUGGACUUAUUGCCCUGUAAUAAGCCCACCUCAAACUUGGGGUUAGAGAUUAUAUUUUGGUCCCAUAUGGGAUUAUUGCAGGAUAAUUAGGGUUGAUACAGAUUUUAAGGGGUUUUAUAAGUCUACCUCAUAUAAGUGUAUUUUGCAGAGAGAUUUGCAGUAAUAUACAGGAUUAUAAUGACCAGUAUAGAUACAUGAGUGUAUUUUGGAGGAAAUGUACUUUUCAUUUAUGUUGGAGUUCUAGAUAUUAAUCUGUAUAGAGGCAUUAUGAUAUAAAGAAAGAGAAAUGUUAUCAUGAUUACCAGCUGGAUUUACUGUCAAAUCAUUUAUUUUCUUCAGGGAUUCUAAAUCCAAAAAUUUAUAUGUCCACAAAAUACUACACAGAUAAAAGUUUACAUGGACGAUGGUUCUAGGAAAUUAUAUGAGCAAGUGCCAAUGAAAAUGUAUAUUUUUGGAAAACAUAAAAAUGUGAACCCCACAAAAAUAUAUAAUUUUACAGUAUGUGAGGUUCUGUCGCUGAUGAGAAUCCUGAGUAAACCCUGGAGUAUCUAAAAUUCUAUUAAUAGCAGUUACUGAUUUACCUUUCAACAUGUACAAAGAAUUAGGGGAAUUCCCUAUAUCAGCUGCAACUUUAAACAAACAUUUAGAAGUCAACGGCUCAAAAUUCUCAUUUUUGGAAAAAAGAGUGUAAAGAAAGUAAAAGUCACUGUCUUUCUAAAUAUAGUGUGACUGGUUAGAAAAACAAGAGUGUUUAUGUUUUGUCUUCAGAGCUAGUGAAGAAGAGUCAUUUAAAGAUUAAGUGUUUAAAUAGAUAAAUAAUUUCACUGGAAAUCAAAAUAGCGACUUAUUGCAAAUCAUUUAAAUUUCAAAAAUGAAACAUUUAUACCUUGUACUACUGUCUUUAAGGAUUACUGUUUUACAAAUUAUUUGUUUUAUGUUUCUACAUAUAGUCACGAUUAUAUUUCAUUCUAGACCCAAAAGUUGGCUCUUGUAAUUUGUUUCCUUCAGUGGUCGGACAAAAGAUGAUAUUUUAUCAAGUAGGUUGAACCAGUACAUGACAGUAAGGUAUGAGGCUUUAUAAUAGGAAACUCAACAAUGAAACAAUAUCAUUCUUCUUAUGAUCAGAAUAAUUUUAUCCAAGUUUACUAUAAA